GCGGACAAUACCGGGCGGCGGCGGCUGCAUCGGCCCCGCGCGGCUCGGCCCGACUCGGCCCCGCUCGGCCCCGCUCGGCCCCGCUCGGCCCGGCCUCCAUCGGCCCCGCCUCGCCCCGCCCCGCUCGAUCCCGGUCUGCUCGGGCCCGCUCGGCCCCGCUCGGCGCGGCUCGGCACGAUGCUGGCGCUCUUCAACAAGCUGCUGGACUGGUUCCGGGCGCUGUUCUGGAAGGAGGAGAUGGAGCUGACCCUGGUGGGGCUGCAGUACUCCGGCAAGACCACGUUCGUCAACGUGAUCGCGUCAGGACAGUUCAAUGAAGACAUGAUCCCGACGGUGGGCUUUAACAUGAGGAAGAUCACCAAGGGGAACGUUACCAUAAAGCUCUGGGACAUCGGUGGCCAACCGCGGUUCCGCAGCAUGUGGGAGCGGUACUGCCGUGGAGUGAGUGCCAUCGUGUACAUGGUGGAUGCUGCUGACCAGGAGAAGAUAGAGGCCUCCAAGAAUGAACUGCACAACCUGCUUGACAAGCCACAGCUCCAGGGCAUCCCGGUCCUAGUGCUGGGGAACAAACGAGACCUGCCUGGUGCCUUGGAUGAGAAGGAGCUCAUUGAGAAGAUGAACCUCUCUGCCAUCCAGGACCGAGAGAUUUGUUGCUACUCCAUCUCUUGCAAAGAAAAGGACAACAUUGACAUCACCCUACAGUGGCUUAUCCAGCACUCGAAGUCUAGGAGAAGCUGAGAUCCCUCAGACCACGGCUCGGAUCAGGAAGAUGCCAUUGUACAAGCCCGUGUCCCUCCUCUCCUGCUCUGUCCCUCCAGCUCUCUCUCUAGUUGGGUAUUUUUAGGGGACCCUAGACUCCACUCGCCUUGAGGUGGAGCCCUUGUUUUUAUUGUAAAGAAAAUGUCCAACUCCACCCUCCUCCUCUCUCUCUCUCUGUCUCUUCCUCCCAUUUUUGGCACUGUUCUGUUGUUGUCUGUGUAUACAGUAUAUAUAUAUAUGUAUAUAUAUUUUAAUUUUUUAAUUUAAGCGAUAGCACUGUUACUGAACUGGGCCCUGGGAGCAGUGGGAAAGCGGUGAGUGCCCUGAGGCUGGCCAGGGAUAAGUGCUGGGAGGAAGAUGAGGGUAGUAGAAGGCAGCAGCUCCCCGGGCAUGGGGCUGUGCCAGGCUGGACAGGUCCCCUGGGGCUCCCUUGUCCCCUCCUGGGUGUCCUGCCUGAGCCCUGGGCUAGGACUGUCAUGCCUGUCUUGCUUUCCUCAGCCUUCAGCCCCAUGGGCAGGGUCUGGGGGGAGGCUGCUUCCCAGGGCUUCUCCCCUCUGGGAAGACAGGGAUUGGUCACCACCUGUCUCUGGCUGUUGUGCCACCUCCUCGACUCCUGCCCUGGGCCACCCAACCCCCUGCUCCCCCUCCUGCCCUGCUUCUGCCCUACUAUGCUGGGGGGGCCAUGCCAGGGGCUGCUGCCAGCACAGGGGGGCCCAGAGAGGCUAGUGUCUCUAUGAGGGGUACAGCUGGUCCCCCUCCCUGCCCCAUCUGCCCCAAAGGUGGCUUGGCCCCAUGUGCCAAAAGGUGUCACCUGCGCCUGGCUGGGGGUUGCUGGCUCUGCCCUGGCCAAGGACAUGGCACAGGGACACCAAGGAGUAGGGGGACAUGUGGGGACACCCAGGGACUUGUGGGGCCUGAGAGCCCCUGUGCAUCCCCACGGUUCCCUCAGGGUGCUCCAGGACCUGCCCUGCUCCACACACUCACCCCAGCUCUGCUGCCCUGGCUGUUGGGGACAUGGUUGGGUCCUCAGCAGCAGGUGGGGAGAGCUGAGAGGAAGUGUGGGGGGGUGAGGAAGGCUUUGCCCAUCUGUGCUGUGUGAUGAGUUGCUGGGUCUCUGCAAGUGCAGCCUGGGGACCUGACCAGAUUGUUUGGGGCCAGUUUAGGGGGCUUAGCUGGGCUGGCGGGGUCAUGCAGGCAUCAAGGGGGGUCAGGUCAGUGGCACAGCAGGGCAGCAGCUGCCUGUCCCCUGGUGAGGGCUGGAGCAGAGGGUGGGGUGGCCCAGGACAGGGGCUGUGGGGCCCCUGUCACUGCCCUUUCCCCAUCUCGGCUCUGGGCAGUGAGACAGGGAUUUCUCUUCUGUUCUCAUGUUUGCAGAAUUGCACAGAGGUUUCCUUUUUCUUUGUUGUUUUUUUUUUGUAUUUUUUGUUUGUUGUUUUUUUUUUUUUUAAUUAAUUGUAAAGUGUUGUCACCCUCCCCCCACCCCCCCACCCCCCUUUUUUUUUAAGACAUAUUUUGGCUCAGAUUUGACCUCUGUUGGGAAAUGAUUCUUGUAACUGGACAAUUUUUUUUCCUCCUAAUAAUAAUAAAUUAACAAUUUUGCGUU